AUGUCUUCCGCCGUCGCCCCUUCCCCUGACCAUGCCGCCGCCGCGGCCUCGCCCGCACCCACCAUCAAGCUGCUUAUCGACGCGAAGGCCAAGCGCGUGCUGUACGCGGAGGCCGGCAAGGACGCCGUCGACUUCCUCUUCGGCAUCCUCGCGACGCCAGUCGGCACCGUCGCCAAGCUGCUUAGGGCCGCCGGCGAUGGUGCCGGCGCCGCCAAUAUCUACGCCAGCGCCGAAGGGAUGAAUCCCGUGUACAUGCAGAGCAGCGCCGUGCGGAACGCGCUCCUCAACUCGCACCGGUACACGCUCCUGCAGUGCCCUGCCAUCCGAGGCCUCCCUUCGCCGGCGACCACGGCUCCCCCGGCACCCUCGACGUCCGUGCCACGGAGCAUGGCGCUGCCAUCGGUAUCGUAUCGACCCCAAUACCCGGCUGUCUCUCCGCCUGCGUUCGCGAUGACAGUUCCACGCGGCUGCCAUAGCUGCGGCUCCGUCGUGGCCGGCGGGUUCGUGCAGGGCUUGGUGACGUACACUGUCAUGGACGACCUCACCAGCACACCCAUGUCAAACGUCUCUGUCAUGGCGCUGCUCAGCAAACUCAACGGAGAAGAGAAGGGGCUCAUACUCGAGGAGAAGUCGGUCAAGAUCGGUCAACAAGAGGGAUUGGAUAUUCUGAUGGCUUCCCUACAGUCCAGCACCGUCCUCACCGAUGUAUUCAUGUCGAACAAUAGUGCCGAUGCCUCCCUGUCCAAGAAUAAAAGGGCUCGUACAUCCGGUGGCGCAAUGAGUGUUGAGGAGAAAAAUGAUAAAACCCUGGACUAUUUUUUAUGA